CUUAUGAUACAGUUUUUCGAUUUCUUUUCUAAAAUUUUUGUAAUACGUUACUAUCGGCCUUAGUAUGCCUCAUGCAAUGCUGUGGUCAACAGCAAAAGUGGUAUUACUGUACGCCGCAACAGAGUGACCAAAUGGGAAUAGUAAAUGUUAUUUAAACGAUCAAAAUCCGCGCGAACUUCAAAAAAGGAAAUAUUACCGUACAAGUGAAGUGUCUUGUGUUGGAUAAAGUACAAUGAAAGUGCCGUAUUUUUGUUUGUUUCUAUUUAUUCUGGGCAUCGAGGCCCAACGAAGGAAUUCGAAUUUGGACACAUCAGAUCCUUCCACAAGUCCGCGACCUAGAGGAAGAGGCCGGGCCAAAUUCACAGCUUCUUCAGACACUUUAGAAGCAGAAACUGGUUUCGAAAUUACUCCUAGGGGAGCGAAUCGUCGCCAAGGAGCUCAAAGAGGAACGGAUUUUCAAACACAACCCCGAAAUUCUGAACGAAGGCCUUCGAGGCCUGUUCAGAAACCAUUAGACACUAAGUCAUACGAAGUCAAAGAGGUAUUGGACGAUACCCCACUAAAAAGUAGCAGGAAAUCAUCAGAAGCUCCAAGCUCUGUAGACCUGUCAACCUCAACAACAGAGACUUAUGAAGUAGCAGAAAUAAAUAAAUUACUCGGAGAAGGAGAAAAUGUUGCUGUAUCAAACGAUGGAAUUACUAAAGAUUCUUCAUCUUCUCAGGAAGAACCUGUAUUUGCAAAAAAUGAAAUCGUAUCAUCUUCAGAGAAUCCUGAAAGUUUCAGUUCUGGUUUUCCACAAAAUAUUAAUGAUCAAUUGCCACCUCAAAGUCCUCCAGGUUCUGUAGUUCAACCUGCCAAGAGUGACAACCAUCAUGAAGAAGCAAAUCAACAGGUGCCCCGCAGAAAAGUUACCAGAAAAAAGCAAAGAAUUGAGCAAGGGGCAGCUGAAAGUAGAAACCCUUCAAGACACCGUGUAGCAGAAGAAAAACCUACCAAUCUCCGUUCUAGAGCUUACCUUCCAGAACCAGAACCUUUAAGAAAUAUACAAGAGCCUAUAACACCUGUGCCACCAGCAGAAGUACUAGACAUUGCAAAAAUUUCAACCGAAUCUUACAUUCAAACAGCAUCAGAAUCAUUACCAGAUUUACCAACAGCAGGAAGAAAAGAAAGAAGACUACCAUUAGAGCAUCAAGGAGAGACUCCUAGAUCGAGAGGUAGCAACGCUUUUGAGCCACAAGAAAGAGUAAAAGAUAGACGAACUUCUGGAAGUUCUCAUGAAAGACGUCGGCCAAAUGAUGCUGCCCAAGCAACGAAUGUAAGAAGCGAAUCACGACGAAUCGAACAACCUAAAACUCCAAACACAAGAUCAAGAAAUGGCAAUAAUAAUAGUAAUUAUAAUAAACCAGCCCGUGCAGAAGAAGCAGGAUCUCCCCAAAGGCAUAGAACAAGGACAAAGAAUCCACAAGUACAGCAAGAAGUCUCUACAACUGCAAGAAGUCGAACAAGAGAAAGAGGGCGAUCUAGAAGCGAUCUUGAUAGUAGUGCAACUAUUAGUUCUGUCAUUAGAGAUUCUCCAUCAAGAACUAGAACUGGAAGAAAAAUAGCAGAUCCACUACCAAGCGAAUCCAGGAGAAGUACCAAGACAGUCAGCAGAGAAAUUGCCCAAGGUGUUACGAGUAAACCUUCUCAGAAUAACUCUGUCAGAAACGCAGAAUCGCAACGUUCAUCAUCGGAUACACAGAAAACUAAUUUGAAUGAACUAAAUGGAAAAACAUCUGAUUCUAAAACUCCAAACGAGCCAAGAAAAGUAGAGAAAGAUCUAUUAUCAGAAGUAAGCGAAUCUUCACGAACUGUUGACAAAUCUCGAAGUAGAAACUCUGUCAGAAACGCAGAAUCCCAACGUUCAUCAGCGGACACACAGAAAACUAAUUUGAAUGAACUAAAUGGAAAAACAACUGAUUCUAAAACUCCAAGCGAGCCAAGAAAAGUAGAAAAAAAUCAAUUAUCAGAAGUAACUGAAUCUCCACGAACUGUUGACAAAUCUCGAAGUAGAAAAACCAAACGCAACAAAAAACAAAAUUCUGACAUUUCUUCUAACAACUCCGCAGGAGGAAGAUCUCGGUCAAGAAAUAGAACUCCAAAAUUAGAAGUCCUUCCUUUAUUCGAAAGCGAAAGCAAGCCAAUACCUACAAAAGCAUAUCGUGCAGCCACAGCUAAACCAAAUUUGAAAGCUGAAACUGAAGAUGAGAGCAAAAGAAAAGAAGAAACAAAAAAAGUAUCGGAAUCUGCUACCACAGCAAGGUCUAGGGUGACAAGAAGGCAAAUAACACAGGAUUCUACCGAAGAAAUCGCAAAAUCAUCAGCACAACCAAGUACAGCUGCGGAAAAUGAAAAUUCAGUCUCAAAAAAGUCCACCCAGCCAACCGUCAAGAAGAGCAUUCAAGUUUCAGAAGUAACCCAGAUAACGACUACAAAGAAAAUUGGAAGAAGAAGGAAGAAUUCCCGAAAGUCGUCAAAAACAGGAGAAAAAUCAACUACUGAAAGAUCUGUAGCGGCAGGGUCAAAGUCCAAACCUUCUGGAAAGAGAAAAUCCGCAAAAUCCGAUUUGAGCAAAUCCGAUGAGGAAUUAAAUGAGUCCGACAAUUAUCCAGAACCUUUUAAAUCACUUAUAAAAGCCAAGAAGCAAGACGGAAAGAGUUCGAAAUCAAAGACAACUGAGCAAGCUAAGGUCACGGAGAAAUUGCAGAUCGUGACCCCUUAUACGACUCCGGUUACAGCAAGCGGGACUCCAUCCACUUCUUCUGUAGCCCCAAUCGAACAUGUCUAUUUCAGAAGGGAUGAAGACAAGGAAAACGAAUUGGAGUCGAACAAAAGUAGUCCUUCGAGACAACAAAAGCAACGUAAUGAGAUCCAUGUAACUGAGAAAUCCAGAAAGCAGCUGGAGGCUCCUGCAAAAAAAUCUGUUAUCGCCAGCAGUACUACCACAUCUACACAAUCCCCAAAAUUCACCACAAAGUCAACCCAUAAAAAGAAGGGUCGUUAUCACGCCCGUUACAAAUCUAACUCUAGUAGUACCACUGCUAAUCCAAACGAAAACGAAAUAUCUUCCUCUACUUCUAAACAACGAAACUUUUCUCCUAAAUCUACUGGAAGUUAUAGCAGCAAGAAGAUAGAAAGAAGCACAUCGAAACCAAAUUUUGUUCGAAGCAGUCCGAAAACUUUUUCAAAGUUUAAUAAAAAUAACAAAGACUCCAAAUCUUCGACAACUCAGGCGAGCGUGUCUUCAAAACCAGCUUUUCACCGAUUUAGUUCGAGAUAUCGCAACGAUCCGUUAAAAAGAAGUAAUAAAUUUCUUGGUAGCACCCCAGGACCUAAAUAUAUACCCACAGUACCAACAAUCACUCCAAUCGUGGAGGUGCAGAAACAUGGAAACGAAGAAGUCCGUAUAAUAACAUUCGACGAUCCUGUAAAUAACAUUGUACCUUCUGAUAGCCUUAUCAGUGAAGAUUACCUGCGAUCUGUUAACAAAACAAUCUCUAAUCUAGUGGAUUCAGAGCAUGACGAGUCUCGACCUUCGACAACGAACAAACCUAUACCGGUCUCAAUUUUUGAAAGUAUAAUAAAUUCAAUUACAGCCAUAUCGUCGACACCAAAAACGCCAUCGUCACAGACCGUUUCGACCGACAGAUCAACAACUAGUUCAGCUAUCUUUAGAAUAGCCAGCAAAAAGACAAAGACUGAUAAGACUGUGACCUCAGACGUACCCUUGCUUUCGUCAGAAAAUCUUGUAAAGAGUUUUACAGCCACAACUUCAGCUAGCACAACCGAAAAACCGACGACAAUUAUUGAAAAAAUAUUGAGUUCAUUGUCGGCUAUAAAAGCCAACAAUACAAACAAGGAAAGUACCACUGUAGAUCCGUAUGAAAACGACACAAUAUUUAACACUAUAAACACCACUCCAAAACUUCAACCCACCACUAGUAAAGUGAAUGUAAAGUCUACUAGAUCUUUAGGCACUAGCACAAUUUCACCAAGGUUUAGUGUAGCACAUGCCAGUUCCUCUAUAGAUCCUGUAAAUAGUAUAUCGGACGACAACGCCUCUCUUGAUGAAUUGUUAGGGAAAAGAACAGUUACCAGGCUUUUCUCUCUUUUGAAUUCCAUCUCUUACACUUCACCCACAUCACCACCAAGUGGCUCCGAUAAUAAUAAUGACAAAUCGGGAGCAUCUCCCCAACUAAACUUUUUAAGUAGUACAACCUCUCUUCCUUUAGUUAGUCGACCUUACAGUAAAAUUACAAUGUCAGGUAUUACAAGUACUGACUCCCUAAAUCUAUCUCCUGCACCAACAACCGACAGUUCUAUUUCUCCAUCUACUGUUGAUGGUCUUCGUCUCACAAUUCCUUUUGUAUCGAGUACAUAUAAUACCGAAUCAAGUACUGCUUUGACUAGUGGUAGUACUGCCGCACCUCCUGAACGAAUUGUUAGUAGUACCACAUCGUUACCAUUAACAAAUUUGGACGAAUUCUUAAGAUCGAUUGGUGCAACAUCUUCUGUCGAACUACCAGCUGAUGUUAGUAAUAACAUCGUUUCCGGUGGUACCACGUCUUCAAUUUUCCCAUUUACGUCUCGGUUUAUACCUGCUCAACCUUCUCCCAGCGCUUCUACAGCUACCACCACCGUACCGAGUACACUGCCUACAGAGUCUACCAUGACAACAAGCCCACCAACAACGUCAACUGUCUUUGCACCAACUCAAUCUUCUCCCAGUGGGUUUACUGCUACAACGAGAGGAUUUACUGAUUCAGUUCCCACAUUAUCGAAUAGACUUCAGGAUAUUAUUUCUAGAAUUACACAACUUAUAAACACCCCAACCACCAACGCCCCCAAUAAGGCGAAAACGUUCGCUUCUUUCGGAUUUCCGUCUUACCCAGCAUCUGUUUCACCUUUGACUUCAACUACGACUUCUGCUACCACAACCGGUUCCAAUACUAUAACUACUCAAGAAUCUUCAAGUGUACAAAGUACUAUUUCGGAUGAGGGUACUACUGUUACGCCAUCGGCCUCUUCCGUUGUGUCAACUACUACCUUUGCACCAUUUACAUCUUCUGUUGCUACUACUACUACUACUGCGGCACCUGCAAUAUCAACUACCGAAUUUCCUACUACUACAAGUUCCAGUUUAUCGCCUUUAAGUAUAUCUUCGAUAUUUAAGUUGUUGGCUACAAUGCCUCCUACAACUCCCAGUCGUACAACACAAACGACUACAACUCCUUUUCCUAGUACGUCUUCCAGUUUGGCAACAUUGAGUACCCCGGCUAUAUUCAGAUCGUUAGAAACAACACCGCCUACGGCGAUUAAACCUACCACCACGCGUGUAACAACUACAGCGAUCCCUAAAACUACCUACAGCCCUGGAUUUUUAGACUUCUUGAGUAAUCUAUUUAAUCCAGCGACUCCUACGGUAUCUCCCACUUCGAAAGGAUUCUCGCUGCCUAAUACUGUACCGUCCACACCCGCUACAACUACGGGAAAUCCUUUGAGUUUCUUCAAUUCUUUGUUUAAUUAUCCUGCUUCGCCGACAUCACGUAUAACUACCACUCCAACUCCUAAAACAACCACUUUUCAAAGCAGUACCACCGCAUCAACUCCAUCCACCAAAGUGACAGUGCCAGAACAUACUAAGUUCGAAGUGAGUCCAGGUAGCGUCAGUGUAUUUUCGGCCAACGAUGUUUCAAGCACUUACACCCCUGAAGAAUUUGAUUCCGCUGUUUCUAUAUUUAGUAGAAAUCUCUUCCCUUAUCUAACUACCAACUCUCAAACUAGUACAACUCCUAGUUCCAUUAGUUCUUCUACUGAAAGAGACGGUAUUUUGACGACCAGUUUACCUGACGUAACCUCGCAGUUAUCUGCGGAAUCGAGUACUAUAGAUUCACCUUCAGUUACUACUGGAGUGACUGAAUUUCCUGAGUCUACUUUUGUUUUACCAUCAACUACUUUUACAAACGAGUUUAGUACAGAUGCAGCAUCUACUGUAGGCCUUUCUACUGAGGUAUCUUCAACAAUCGGAACGGAAUUUAACGUAUUUUCAACCACCUCUAACACUAAUUCUUCUACUGACAAUAUUGACACGACUGAAGAAUCUAAUACUAUGACUGAUAUGAAUAACGGUACUAUGCCACCUAGAUCGAAUUUAGAUUUCUUCAUCUUUGCUGUAUUAAACAAUAACACUAUCUUACGUAAACGGCCUAGCAUAUAUCCAACAAGGGACACACCGUUUAUAAUAAGGGCAAUACUGCCCAAUAACACACUCGUUCAGAAAUUCCCCAAUGGGAGUUUGGUUCCCGAAGAACCAGUUAUACAGGUGAAUGGAUUUGAUACGCGUGAAAUCCCCCCGCCCCCGCCAGAAAUAACCAGUAAUCAGGUAACCUCUGACCAGGACCCCCGGCAGGAUAAUAUGACUGAUCCCAUGGUGGAGGCGCCUGGUACCAAUACGACAACCGUUACCGCAAGCGCUAACUUGGAAGAAACUACCACGCUACCACCCUUGAGUAAUAUCUUAGGUGGUAAGACUGUAAAAGAAUUUAACAAUAUUCUUAACAAGACGCCGUCAGAAAACGAAGUUUUUAAAUACCAAACGUUAGAAGUGGACCCGAAGACCAAUCGUGUUAUCACAAAAGCUGUUAAAGUAUCUAAACAUGUUGUACACCGUUGGAAACCGGUAACUAAGAAAUCAAAAGCAAAGACGCAGGGCAGUACAACUGUGGUGUUCCCCAUAAGCAGUAGGUUCUUUACUACAACCCCAUUAAGUGCCACAAGCCCUCAACGGAAAAUAUCAACCACCACAACAAGAUCAACGACAACUCCUAGAAGUGUAACUACUAGAAGUCCGUCUACCACCACUACAAUGGCACCAGCAACUAUCACAACUACUACACCUACAACUCCAAUUCCAACAACUACUACAACUAGAACAACUACAACCAGACCUCCAACAACAAGAACCACAACGACCACCACCACCACGACAACAACUCCUAGGCCAACACCUACAAAGCGUAGGGUCGUUACAACCACUACACCUGCUUACAGACCUCCCAGUUUCCUUAGCACGUUGUUCUCCACCCUUCAAACGUUCCAAACGCAAACUGUAAGGCCGCCUACCACUCCACACUUUAUUACCACCACUGCCAAACCUCAAGAAACAACCCCUAUGUUUAAAGCUGGUUCAAAAUCAAGCACUUACAACAGCAUCGAAGCUGUGGCGUCCCCUAAGGUGACUGCUGCCUUUGAGAAGAACACAACACCAUCACCAUCAGGAAUCUUUGACGACAUAUUCAGAACCAUAAUCACAGCAAAACCUCCUCCAGAAUAUUCCAGUAGGACAGUUCCCGAUUCAGUUGCUACAAGUACGAAACGCAGCAUUUCAACGACAACGUUAGCGUCUCCGCAUUCCAGUGAAGCUAACGAAUUGGAACUUUUAAAUAGCUUGUUUAGACGCAUAAUACCUUCCGGGAGACCCGUACAACAAGUCACAAACGAUAUCAGCUCGAUCAAUACGAGUCCCAAACCUGUACCAGCGACUGAAUCGUUAGCUAACAUUAUCAGAAACGCCGUUAUUGCUAACGAAAUAUCACCUUCAGAAAGAGUUACAAAACCUGUAUUUACAACCCAAUCCACCGAAAGAUAUAUCCAAAAAUCAUUACCCACUGUAUCAGCAAUUCCUCUGAAUNUAUUAUUGCGAUUUCCCCUAAACUUUUUCGUCAACGCAACGCAGGGCAGUACAACUGUGGUGUUCCCCAUAAGCAGUAGGUUCUUUACUACAACCCCAUUAAGUGUCACAAGCCCUCAACGGAAAAUAUCAACCACCACAACAAGAUCAACGACAACUCCUAGAAGUGUAACUACUAGAAGUCCGUCUACCACCACUACAAUGGCACCAGCAACUAUCACAACUACUACACCUACAACUCCAAUUCCAACAACUACUACAACUAGAACAACUACAACCAGACCUCCAACAACCAGAACCACAACGACCACCACCACCACGACAACAACUCCUAGGCCAACACCUACAAAGCGUAGGGUCGUUACAACCACUACACCUGCUUACAGACCUCCCAGUUUCCUUAGCACGUUGUUCUCCACCCUUCAAACGUUCCAAACGCAAACUGUAAGGCCGCCUACCACUCCACACUUUAUUACCACCACUGCCAAACCUCAAGAAACAACCCCUAUUUUUAAAGCUGGUUCAAAAUCAAGCACUUACAACAGCAUCGAAGCUGUGGCGUCCCCUAAGGUGACUGCUGCCUUUGAGAAGAACACAACACCAUCACCAUCAGGAAUCUUUGACGACAUAUUCAGAACCAUAAUCACAGCAAAACCUCCUCCAGAAUAUUCCAGUAGGACAGUUCCCGAUUCAGUUGCUACAAGUACGAAACGCAGCAUUUCAACGACAACGUUAGCGUCUCCGCAUUCCAGUGAAGCUAACGAAUUGGAACUUUUAAAUAGCUUGUUUAGACGCAUAAUACCUUCCGGGAGACCUGUACAACAAGCCACAAACGAUAUCAGCUCGAUCAAUACGAGUCCCAAAUCUGUACCAGCGACUGAAUCGUUAGCUAACAUUAUCAGAAACGCUGUUAUUGCUAACGAAAUAUCGCCUUCAGAAAGAGUUACAAAACCUGUAUUUACAACCCAAUCCACCGAAAGAUAUAUCCAAAAAUCAUUACCCACUGUAUCAGCAAUUCCUCUGAAUUUAGAAGAUGACAUCUUCAAGACUGUUAUAAGGGCAAAACCUAUUCCACCAAAAGAACCAGAGAUUCCUAAAUUUACUUUGCUUACAACAACACCAAAACUACCGUCCACGAUAUCUACAGUAGAUCAUGAUAUUCUCCGAAGUCUUGCAACAGUGUCCCCUGUCUUCCAACAACGCACAAGUAGCACAUCUGCUGUACCUCCCCGUUAUCAGUCUUCGACAUCUAUUCCAGAUGAUUCCAAACCACCUCCAAAACUCACUCCGGCACAAUUGAAUCCUCAAGCUAUUAAUCCACAAGUCUUAACCUUGUUGGAACAACUACUUUUUGGUAGGGGAUUACAGGGAGUUGCUCUACCUGGAUCGGUGGUGACUUCUACCACGACCACACCAACGACUACAACAACACCAAGGACUACAACAACAACCCCAACAACCACCACUACCACUCCAACAACUACUACAACUAGAACCACUACUACCACCACAAAAACAACAACUACAACUACCACUACUACUCCAAGGCCCACAUUUAGACCAUCAUCUUUUGAUGUGGACGGUGUAAACUACGAAGAAUUAAAGAAAAAGAAUCUCACGGAAGAACAAAGAAGAGAUUUACUAACACUGGAAGCGUUGGAACGAGAACAGAAAGCCAUUAUGAAGCAACUUUCAUUCUUGGCCAAUUUGGCAGGUUUGCAAGGUGGCAUAAAAGGAGUUAAGCUUCCCGGACAGCAGAUCGAAAAGGGUCUGACAGGUUCUAAAGUGAUUGAUGAAAAACCAAAACUAUCUUCCACUGCGAGCCCUCAGAAUUUGUUGGAUUCGAUACCAUCAAGUAGCUUCAAAGAACAAAAGAAGGUAUCGGCAGACGGACCUAAUGGAAUUGGUAUAGCGGAUCUUUUGAAGCAAAUCAACGCCGUCAACAUGGAAAAAAUUACAACGGCAUUACCAAGAACCACAUACGGAAGAUCUGAAGAUGCCUUGUUAGCAUCCCUUCUUAAAGAAAAUGGAAUUGGACCCACAACUCCCAAAUCCCUAGCAGACCGAAUUAGAUUAGCGGGAAUUUUCGACAGAGAAGUUCCCACUACCACAACACCUAGACCACCUCCGCCUUCAACAACCAGAAGGCAGAGGGUCAUUCCACCGUCUGCUGCACCCCCGAGUCGAGGUCCCCUGAUGCAGGGAUUAAGUUGGAUCUUGAAUGCAUUCUCGCCCGAAAGGACCGCAGUUCCUCCCGCGAGACCUGCCAAAUCAGUACAUCCUGCAGCAACAAAACAAUCCGCUGUCGUCACCAAAUCAACUGUUUCUUCGCAAACGACUAGAUCGGUGCGAAGCACCACUGAACAACCGCUGUCUGAUCUGGAAAAAUCACUAAACUCUUUAACAGCAGAGCAAUUGGACAAUGUCAUCGGUCAACUCGAAAAGAUCCAGAAAAGCGGUAAAGGUGGCCCUGAACUUGACCUCACCUUACUCAAGUUACAACAAAAGAAAAUCCGCGUUAAAGAAAAUGACAAUUUGAAUGAACCAACGAAAGUUGAAAUUAUCACUCCGGCGAUUAGCAGACCUGCGAGGUACACGACAGCGAGACCUGUUAGCGUCAGUAAUUUUAUUUCGAACGCCGGAAGUGAUUAUGAAGACACUCCGGUUCCACCGGUCAGCUUGGAUCCAGUGCCUGGACUGGGACAAGAACAGCCUCCGGUCAGAGGUCAAUUAGUUAAUGCAGCCAUUAAUGUUACCAAAGCCAUUUCCAAUUUUCUGGGAUCUGCGCUACAGUGGCCUUCACAAACACAAAAGCAGCCAGUAACAGAAAUUUCGCGGGCGCAGCCACGUCUUUCCAGACGCUCCUUCAAUCCGGAUCCAGACAAGUCGGAAAAUACAGCAGCUCAUAUAGUAAUUCGAACAGACCAGGAUGAAGUUUGAAUAAUUAUUGUGCUAUAUUUAAACGAGCGAGAGUUAGUUCUUAGCGCGAGUGUCUUAAAAAAAUUUGCAUAUCAACUCGAUUCAUUGUCCACUCCGUUUGCUCUGCACUCAACAACGAAGAGUAAAAUUUUAAAAUUUUUUAAACGUUUUCGAAAAUUACAAGACUGACAACUAACUUUGUCAGUCACGGAUCCAAAAGCAAUCAUUUUUAUGGGAAAAAUUGACUGAUUAUGUGUAAAUCAUAUACGGAGUCACUUAAAUGUAAACAUAUACAAAUGAAGCUCUCUUUAUCACCUGAAAGUGAAGUGAAGUAAAACCGAGUAAUGCUUGGAUCACACGUGUUUGUCUCUGUUCUUUAGCUGUUUAAUAUUUCUAUCGUUUCUUGUUUUGGUUCAUUUCAUGGUAUCGCUGUUAUUUAACUAUAUAUGUAGAAUGGUAUUCAUUGACCUUCUUCACGAUGUAUUGACUGGUUUACAUUUACAGUACAAUGCAUCGAAUGGAAAAGGUUGAUAAGCCGAUUAGAAACUUCUUCAAAUAUUGUUAUUAUUAUACUUGGUUGUUUUAAGAAUUAUUUAAUAUUUUUGUACAUAGAUUUUAUUAUUAGGCAAUUGUAAAAACGAGCUUGUUGAUGAUUGUGUAUAAUAAAGUUUUAAACUAUUA